AUGACACAUUUAGGGAAAGAUCCGUUCAUGGAAUUAUCAUGGUUCCCGGAAUCAGAUAGUCUGUACCUCUCUCACGCACAUGAAAUUGUAUACUCUUUCCUAUUCUAUUUGACAUGCUCCGCUUUAAUAGCACCAAUGAUUAACAAGUUCAUCUUUGGUAAACAUUAUACAUCUAUCAAGGAUAAAAAUAUCAAAAUUGAUUUCAAUGUUCAUACUGUUUCCAUGAUCCAAGCAAUAAUAUCUAUGAUAAUCAUUUAUCCCACUUUAUUUCUCCCCAAUGAUAACACUUUAAACAUCACAACCUACCAUCAUCACUAUACCUCCAUGGUCGCAUCACUAACAUUAGGUUACUUCAUUUGGGACUUAUUGGUAUGUUUGAAACAUUUCAAAUUAUACGGAUUCCAAUUCCUAGGCCAUGCCGUGGGUGCUCUAUACGUGAUGAUCAUCGCCUUGAAACCAUUUUGUCAACCAUGGAUAGGUAAAUUCGUACUCUAUGAAGCUUCAACACCAUUUGUCAAUAUCAAUUGGUUCAUCAUUCAAUUGACUGAUCCUAUCACUAAGAAAUGUGUCAUCCCCACUUGGGUUAACGUCCUGAAUGGACUCAUGUUGUUGGUUGUUUUCUUUUUGGUAAGGAUUGCUUGGGGAACAUUGGCAACGUUGAUGAUCGUGAAGAAUAUGUGGCAUGUGAAACAUCAAAUUCCCUUGAUCUCCGCCUUCAUCUUGAUGUCAAUUAAUGUUUUAUUGAAUGGAUUGAAUUUUGUUUGGUUCUCGAAGAUGAUUAAGAUUGCUAAAAAAUUAGCAGGUGGAUCUUCAUCCUCAGGCAAGAUCAAACAAGUAUGA